AUGUUGACGCGGCUGGUCCUCAGUGCGCACCUGAGUAGCAAGACCUCUCUGGCCUGGACGCACGCUGCCAUCAGCUGGGAGCUAGACAACGUGCUGAUGCCUAGUCCCAGAAUCUGGCCCCAGGUGACUCCGACAGGCAGGUCUUCCUCUGCCAGGAGUGAGGGUAACACCUCCUCACUCUGGAAUUUCUCAGCUGGGCAGGAUGUGCCUGCCAUAGUAACCAGAACCUGUGGGUCUGUGCUGAGCUCUGCCGCCUACACCCACGGCUGUGGCUGUGUGAGGUCUGCCACAAACACUACCUGUCAGUCCUCAGGACAACAAAGGCAGGAGGCCCGGCAGGAAGAGGAGAACUCAAUCUGCAAGGCCCAUGAUAGUAGAGAGGGCCGCCUGGGCUGCCCCCUCAGUGCUCAUCAGCCUGGUUCCCGUGGUCCUAACUAG